AUGCUCUUGCGUGAUACGCGCGCAUACCCCAACACCCCGCAACUCUGCACGAGGAUGCUUGCUCAUCGCGGCACAAUUGCCAAGGAUGGCGAUGUAGUGCUCGUUGUGCAUGGUCACCAGAACAUCGUCCCUCUUGUGCUGCAGCGCGGCGCUGUUCUGCACUGCAAGGCCGGCAAGUUUGACCACAACAACAUCAUUGGCCAACCCCUCGGCAUAUAUGUUAAGGGACGUAGCAAUCAGAAAAACGACCCGCGGGAGCCGUCGGUGCUCGUUUUGCAGAACAGCGCAGACAUGUGGACGCAAGCGGUGCCGCACCGCACGCAGAUCAUUUACGAUACCGACAUCGCCGUCAUUCUUUCAAACCUGCGCCUCGGGCCUGGUAAGAAGGUGGUGGAGGCGGGGACGGGUAGCGGAAGCCUGACCCACUCCCUGGCCAAGGCGGUAGCCCCGAGCGGGUGCGUGUACACCUGUGACUUUCACAAGCAACGCUGCCUGGAGGCGCGUGCCGAGUUUCGUGGCAACGGCCUCGACUCCCACCUCGUAUGCAGUCAGUGGCGUGACGUGUGCACUACCAACACGGGCGCCGCUGACGUCGUCGACGGCGUUGAUGCGGAUGUCGCGGCAAUGGAGGCGCCGCUCACCGGCUUUGGCGUGCCGGCAGCUUCAGUAGACGCCAUCUUCCUCGAUGUUCCCGCACCGUGGGCGGCCAUCGAGAACGUUUGCCAUGUGCUCAAGGAGGGUGGGAUGCUGUGCACCUUCUCGCCUUGCGUGGAGCAGACGCAGCGGACAGUGGAGGCGCUGCGGGCCGCUCCGCACCACUUCGUCGACAUCCGCACAGUGGAAGCCCUCACGAAGUUCUUCGAACCCGUCUUCAAGCGUGCACGCGAUGCACCCGAUCGAGACUGCACCAAGUUCCGCGCGAGCUGCGUGUCGAAGGGCCAUAGCGCCUACUUGACUGUAGCGCGACGGCGCCUGGCCAAGUCGGAAAGGCUCGAGGCGAGUGGGGCGGAGAAGAACGGCGUGGAGGGAGCAACAACGGCGUAG